AUGAUCGAAGCUAGCGAAUCACUGACUGAAAUUUUCGACGAACAAGUGAGCGAAGCAAACGAACCUGAAGCGACUCAGAAACAGUACCGAUUCAACUGGAGUCUCUUGGGUGAAGCUGAACUCUUUCUAGCCAAUGAGCAAUCGCUCUAUUGUGCAUUCUCUCGUGCCAUAUUAAAAGACUACCAACUGAUGAAAGCGAGUGAGCGAAGGCCGCCGCCAUUGGCAGCGGGGAAAGAUGCUGAAAAAGAUUCUUUGUGCAAAUUAUUCGAGCAAAAAAUUAACUUCGGUCAUCAGCACAUGAAGACUUCCAAACCUAAAUUGACCGCAAACAACAUUGAUAUUAAGCAAGGAGAUGAAUCGUCUUCUGCUUAUUAUCAACCGAAUGCCUAUAGUGCUGAAAGAAAAUCGUCGAUCAGUGAUUUACCCGCAUUUGAUACUGAGGAUCAGUCGGCAGUCACGGAAUUGCAACAGGAUGAAAUGGCUUCAAUGGGUCUUCCAAUGGAAUUCUCGAAGCCUCCAAGUGCUGAGAAGAAGAAGAAAGGUAAACGUAAGCGAAAGAAACCAGCCACCGAAUGUGUUAAUAAUAGUGACAAUUGGAUGAUUGGACUGGACUUUGAGAACUAUUGGAGUUUAACUGGUGAAUACGUUACGAAUAUGACAUGGCUUAAUGAUUUCGGUCUGUUUUAUCAAUCGUUUCUGUUGCUUUUAAUGCAAAUUUUCAUCAUUCUAUUGUUCAUUACCUGA